UAUAUAUACACAUGAUUGGUCAUAGUACAUAAUGAAAGAGCCAUAUGUGACAUUAAAUUAUUAGGUACAUGGCAGAAUAUGUAAUACUAUUUCAAUGAUGUUACGUGCACAAUUAACAACAUUGAAAUUAAAUAAACAAGAACUUCCUAAACAGCCAAUUCCAGAUUUAAAAAAAACUGCGGAACGAUAUUUGACAUCUGUAAAACCAUUAUUGAGUGAAAAUGAAUAUUGUAAUACAAAAAGAAUUGUUGAGGAAUUUAUUUCUGAAAGUGGUCCUGGACCUUUUUUACAAUCAAAAUUAUUAGAAAGAUAUCAUAAUACCGAUAAUUGGAUGAAUAACUGGUGGAUAGAAGCAGCAUACUUAGGUUAUAGAGUUCCUCUUAUCAUGAAUUCUAAUCCUGCUGUUGUUGGUCCACCUUUAAAAUUUUGUCAUAAAGAAGAUAUAUAUAUAACUGCAGCACAUAUUAUUAAAGCUAUUUGUGAUUAUAAUGAUAUGUUGAAAAGUGGUAAAAUAAAACAAGAAAUGAUUAAAAAUGAACCACUAGAUAUGCAACAAUAUGGAAUGAUUCUUGGAACGUAUCGUCGACCUGCACCAAAAUGUGAUCAACUACUACACACUGAUGAUUCGAAACACGUUAUAAUAAUGAGUAAUAAUAAUUUCUUUAAACUUGAUGUUAUUAAAAAUUCUUGUGUUUUAAAUGAAAGUCAAAUUGCUGGUGCAAUCAAAGAUAUUGUCAGUCGUUCCCAAACAAAAGGGAUGCCUAUUGGUAUUUUAACAGGAAAUGACAGAGAAACAUGGGCAGAAUGUUACUGCGUACUUAAAGAACAAGGAAAUAAUAGGAAAAUAAUAGAAGAUAUUGAGCAAUCAAUGUUCAUAUUAUGUCUGGAUAAAGAAAUGCCUAAAGAAAUUUUUGGAAACAGAAAUAAUGCUUCUGUUAGAGCUCUACAAUCCUUAAGCGGUUAUAACAGUGAUUUAAAUGCAGGAAACAGAUGGCAUGAUAAGACUAUACAGUACUUUGUUUCUACGGACGGUUUUCUGGGAUUGGAAAUGGAGCACAGUCCAUGCGAAGGUGUCCCGGUUGCUGUGUUACAUGACCAUAUUGUAAAAUAUAUCACAUCAAAAUUAAAUGAUGUAAAAUGUGACAAAUUCGAUAACUUCCCAAGAGCAGAAUGUUUAAAAUUUGAAACCAAUGACAUAAUAGAUUGUGCUAUUCAAAAUGCUACCUGCAUUGUGGAUAGUAUCUCACAAAAUGUUCAUAUGGAUUGCUUUACAUUUAAUGAGUUUGGAAGUAAAGAGAUAAAGAAAUAUAAGACAAGUCCUGAUAGCUUCAUUCAAAUUGCCAUGCAAGUUACUUAUUACAAAGUUCGCAAUGAACCACCAAAUCAUUAUGAAAGCGCUGGAUUAAGAAGAUUUAAAAAUGCAAGGACAGAAUGUAUCAGAUCGACUAGCACCGAAUCUGUAUCAUUUGCAAAAGCCAUGAGUAAAGAUGGAUGUACGGAUGAAAAACAAUUAAAAGAAAUGAUGUUUACAGCCAUAAACAAACAUAAAACGACUGCAACCGAGGCUUCAUUAGGACAAGGUGUCGAUAGGCACUUAUUUGGUUUAAAAAUGAUAGCUUCUAUCGAAUCAAUGUGUCUUCCAGAAUUAUAUAAGGAUGUUGCAUAUAUUAAAAGUACAUACUAUGAUUUAACAACGAGUCAAGUACCUUUUAAAACAUCGUCAUUUAUGUGUUAUGGUCCGGUUGUACCAGAAGGUUACGGUUGUUGUUAUAAUCCUCGAGAGAACGAUAUUCUCUUUGGUUGCUCUUCCUUCAAAUCCAGUACAAAACCAGAUGCAACACAAUUUGCCAACACUUUAAAGGAAACUUUGUGUCGGAUGAGAAAUUUAUGUAAUGUUUGAUUGAAUAUAUAUUAUUUAAUAGUAUAAAUAUAUAUUAUAAUUAUUUCAUUUGUUAACUUGGAUAGAUUAUCCAUACGCUAUAUUGUUUUCAUAAUUUAUAUAUAAACAAUAAAAUUCUCAAUUUCCAAACAUAA